UUUAAAACGGCUAGGAUUACAAGAAUCGAAAUACAUUUUAUUAAGAUUAAAAGAAAAUGAUCAAAUAUCAAAUGAAAGUGACGAGAUGAAUGAUAGUGAUGGUAUGAUGGAAUUAGGUCUCAUUCAAACAGAGGGAAACUAUUAUGAAUUGGGUUUAACAAAUCUAAUUCAUUUAAGAUAUUUACUAUUGAAAAAACCUGAAUUAUUUCCAUUUUAUUCACAUUCAUUGUUAAAUACUGAUUUUGAUCCCAAAACAUUUUUACCAUCACAGCAAUUAUUAGAGAAAUUAGAACAGAUAAGGAGUAGUGAACAAAAAGAUCUUAUUUAA